AUGUCUGCGCCGGAGGUAACACAGAAUGAUCUAUUAGCUUUCCAUACCUCUCACCUUGGCGAUAUUUCAACUGAACAUUUCGCGCAACAAUUCUUGGGUCCUGUGGAGGAUUACUAUGGAGAAGAGGUUGAGGAUGAUGGCCUUGGGUAUUAUCCUGAUGGAGUCAAAAGAACUUUAACGGAUGAACAAAUCGCAAUCUUUCGACAUUCAGAAAUUCAGGCCAUUCUUCGAAAGCGCAGGCAUGCUACAGAGUCGAAUGAGACUAGCAAUGAGCAACCUCAAUCUGAAACUUCAAAAAAAGUCCGCACAGAAAAGGUUGAGGCCGAGGAAGAAGAUGGGGAGAUUCCUGAAAGCUUUUCGCAUCCAGAGCCAAUCGGACCGGUGCGACCAAAAAAGAAGUCGAAGAAGGAAUUGAAGAAAAUACAAAAAGCGCAAGAAGCCAAAGAGAAAGGUUGGUUUAAGCAAAACGUCAAGCCCGAUCUACGAAAGAGGACAUGGGAUAAAGUUGAGAAGUCUAUUGGGUCUCUUGCGUAUGACGAUGAUGAGGGUGGUGGUAAUAGCCAGGCCUCAAGUUCCGCGCCGCAAAGAAGGAAGAUCACUUAUGAUGAUCCUUGA